AUGCUAGGAAAUAUCAAAUAUCUUUUUAAUUAUGGAAAACUUGAAUUGCGUAUACUGCGUUUUAAUUGCAACAAAUUCCGAAUGACUUUGCGAUACAAGCUUUAUGUCCUCAUUUCAAUUCAUCCACUUUACCAAAGCAAAAACAAUGUAUUAAUCUAUCGUUCAAAAAAAGAAAAAACAAAUUCCUACCUUCGUUAUUUAGUCAGUCUAAAUAAAUCCCUUAGUCAAAGCAGUUUGCGAAUGAUGAAGGGUUUAAAAAUGAAGAUUUUGGCAGAAAGAUGUGCUAAUGAUUUUUCACUUCCUUGUAGAAUUGAAUUGGGGCAUUCAGAUUUUGUUUGGCUUGGAAAACUCACUGCUUACUUCCCAUUGUUUGGGUUGCUGACACCUCAUUCUAACGAAGUGGCAAACAAAUUUGUAUAUUUCCUUGUAGGCAGUAACACACAGGAAACUUUGUAUAAAUUGGGGAACGAAGAAUUAAACAAACAAACCAAUUAUUGCGCAUGCAGUUUAUUAGUUAACACAAAUAAACUGCUAACAAUAUUAUUGAUGAUAAGAAUUAUACAGCUUAAAAGAAAAGAAGGCUUCUUUGUGCACAAAUUAACCGUUUUAGUAAUUCUUGUAUGUGAUGAUCGGAAUUCUUUAGACAUGGAUCACGUGCACUGUUUUAUUCGUAAUGAAAAAAUGCAAGACCUAAUGGUUAGUGUAACAGAUUCAAUGAUUCUCUCUUUAACAUCUGCCUACAUACUGUUAGAACUAGAAGACUAG